AUGGCGACGAGAGAAAGAUCAAAGUCGAUAUCACGGUCGUCCAUGUCAGAUGAUACUUUGGCUCAAGGUGGCCGUAGCCAUCCUAGCUUUGAAGGUCACAUGACUGGUGACCGAGAUACCCGGGGUACGAUGACAGGCGACACCAACUUCUCAACAAGCGAACAUGAAGGAGAGGAAUACGAUCUGAGUCCUGAUUUGGCCGAGCGAUUGGUGAAGCGCACUGAAAUGCGAGUGGCCCAAGUGGUGUCGUCGUCGGUAUAUGUACAAAGCAACUGCGGAUUAUAUGAACUGCCCCGCUUUGAACGAGAAGAUUUGAAUUUUGGAAAUAUGAUUGCAUUCGGCGGAUUCUCUAAUGUUUACGAGCUGGAAUCCUUUAAUGUUGAAACAGAAUUGAUGAAUGAAGAGGCCAAAAAGGAUGAACGAAGAUAUGUCAUCAAGCAUUUGAAUCCAAAGUUGGCAUCUAGCCCCAAAAAGUUGGUGGUCGGUGCCAAAGAUUUGGUCAUGGAAGCCCACUUCCUUUCGGCUCUGACUCAUGAAAAUAUUAUUGGUUUGAGAGCGUGGUCUUCACCGGGCAUUUCAGGAUUUGCCACGGCUGGUCGAGCAGAUGGAUUCUUUUUGAUUUUGGAUCGUCUGGAAUUCACUUUGGCGAAACAAAUUUCCUUUUGGAGGGAAGAAGCCAAGCAGCAAAAGGGUUUGCUCAAAGGAAGAUCCGACAAGCAGAAAUCCUUUGCAACCCGGCUGAAAGUGGCACUACAAGUAGCCAACGCUGUGGAUUAUUUGCACGAUAGACGCAUACUGUUUCGUGAUCUCAAGCCAGCCAAUAUAGGAUUCGACAAGCAUGAAGUCUUGAAAAUUUUUGACUUUGGACUCGCCGUCGAAAUUCCGGACCACCCAGAUCCAGAUACCACAUUCAAGCUGGCAGGAAACACUGGUACAUCCCGAUACAUGGCUGUGGAGGUCAUUCGCAAAGAACCUUACAACUUGAAAGCCGAUGUGUUUUCGUAUUCCAUUCUUUUGUGGGAAAUCCUGGCAUUGUCAAAGCCGUAUGAGGGUUUGAUGGGACAACAGGUGAAGGAAAGUGUUUCGGUGUAUGGAGAACGGCCAUCGGUCCCCCGUUCUUGGCCACAAUCCGUUCGCAAACUCUUGCGCAGUGGAUGGGGUGAAUCGAUACUUGCUCGCCCUACGAUGAAGGAAGUAUGCAAAACGUUGGAGAAGGCGUAG